GUGUGCGCCCGCCCAGCUGGGGACGUCAUUGGGCUUGGGAACCUAGCUUCAGGAUGGGCAAAGCCAUAUAGCAACAGCCCGCGACCAGCGACUGUUCCCCUUUUCUCACGUCAACCUCACACCUCGUCAAAUCCAUUCACUUUUCACUUGAUUACCCCGCAGAAAAUGGCCCAGUCCACCGCCCACCGCCGGCUCCUGCAGGAGUACCGGGCCCUGACCAACAACCCGCCCGAGGGCAUCACGGCCGGCCCCGUCAGCGAGGACGACCUGCUGCACUGGGAGGCCAUGAUCAUGGGGCCCGAGGGCACCCCCUUCGAGGGCGGCGUCUUCCCGGCCGAGCUGCGCUUCCCCAAGGACUACCCGCUGGCGCCGCCGAGCAUGAAGUUCCUGGGCGAGAUAUGGCACCCCAACGUCUACCCAAGCGGCCUCGUAUGCAUCUCCAUCCUCCACCCGCCCGGCGACGACCCGAACCACUACGAGCACGCGUCGGAGCGUUGGUCGCCCAUCCAGUCGGUCGAGAAGAUCCUCAUCUCGGUCAUGAGCAUGCUCGCCGAGCCAAACGACGAGAGCCCCGCCAACGUCGAGGCCGCAAAGAUGUGGCGCGAGCGGAGGGAGGAGUACGAGAACAAGGUCCGCGACUCGGUCAGGAGGAGUCUGGGGCUGUAGAUUGGCCGUGGUUGUAGCAUGGGACGAGGCGGCAGCCAGCGAAAAAGCCGUGGCGUCUUUGAAAUGCAAACAAGAAAAACAUAGUUCAUAAUCCACCAUCGCAUGCUCUAGUAACCCCAUUCUUCCCUAGAAAAUUCUAUCGGUUCCAGCCAGGGGGCCUGUAGCGCGGCUCUGGAACCAUGUUGAAGCCAUGGUAUAAGUUGUAGUUUAACCCCC